AUGAUUCUAAAUCGACGUAGUAAUAAAAGUAUUGGAAUUUUCAAACAACUUUCCAUCUGGCUUCCUAUUCUUGUUGUUGUUAUUUGGCUCUGCACAAGAUGUAAAUCACUAAUUAUCAAGCUGAACGACGAAGAAGCUUCCAAAAGUGUUUUCAUCAAUUCUGAACUGACAACGUUACACGAUAAACUCUGCUGUAUCUGGACAUCAACGCGGGACAAUCAUUUACGAAAAUCCAGUUACCCGUGUAAACACCGAUACGGUUUGGAAUUUGAUGUGAAACAUAAGAGUCUCCAUUUGGUCUUGUGCAUCCUGCUUGCUGGCGAUAUCGCUCUCAAUCCAGGUCCAAUGAUGACUACGCGUUUAGAAGAUCUACCCGCGUUGCCGCGUCCGCAACUAUUAGCGAACGAUGCACAUGCAAACUCUGAAUCAACGCGAGGGUACAUUUGUAGCAAGCGUAAUGAUUCUCAGCACGGACUCGAUUGUCUUUAUUUGAACUCGAGAAGUCUAAAAGCUUUCGUUAAGACAGACGACAACUGUUCCAAAAUUUGUAAAAUAAACAUAUUUCAACAAUUGGUUUACUGCGGUGGUUAUGACGUUGUCUGUGUUUGCGAAACCUGGCUCAACGACUGCAUGCGUGCUCGACAGCGAACUGUUACCAGGUUACUCCAUUUUUCGCAGAGACAGGGUUGGAAAGACGGGUGGAGGCGUGUUGGUUGCGGUAAGAGAUACCAUUCGUGCAAAACGUCGAACCGAUCUGGAGGGAAAUAACGUGGAACUAGUUGUAGUGGAACUUUUCAAAGCCAAUCAUCAAUCUAUCAUAUUGUACACUUUCUACCGCCCUCCUAGUUCUACUUUGGAUUCUAUACAACAACUCAACUCAUCUCUUGACAACAUUCCUGAGUCCAUGUGCAUCAUUCUUAUCGGGGACUUCAAUCUGCCUGCCAUUGACUGGUCACUAGAUCACCCAAACCCAAACAAUAAUGGUGGCCUUUUGGAAACCAAGUUCUGCGAUUUAGUUGGUGACCACUUUCUUGAACAAUUAAUAUCUGGGUCCACGCAUCGUGACGGCAACAAACUUGAUUUGCUGCUCUGCAACUACACUGCAAUAAUAAAAAAUGUAACAUCAUCUACCCCUGAACAGUUUGGUUUUCCUACUGACCACCACAUCAUAGAAUUUGAAAUCCAACAAAAGUUUGCUCGCGCUCAACCAAUCAAGCGAAUAAUCUUUGACUAUAGACAAGGGAAUUUCGAAGAACUUCGGACUUCUCUAUUGCAAGCAGGGUUCGAUAGUGAUGGCGUAUUGACAGAGGAAAUUGACCAGCACUGGACUCGUUGGAAAGAGUGGUUUCUCGCGUAUGUGAACAAAUUUAUUCCUAAGAAAGUUGUUAAAGAUACAAACUCGCCACCCUGGGUUGACGGAGAAGUAAGGCACUUACUACGAAAAAAAUAUGCUGCGUUGAAAAAGUACCGACAAUCCAAAACUACAGCCCGUAAACAGAAACUCCGAACUCUGACUCAAACUAUCAAAUACGCAAUGAGACAAAAACACAGUGACUAUCUUGUGAAAAUUAAGGAUUCAUUUCUCGAUAAUCCCAAGCUAUUUUGGAGCUACCACAAGUCGACAUGUCGUCAUCGUGAAAGCAAAGUGUCGGAAAUAUCGUACAAAGGCGUAACGGCGAAAACUGCAGCCAUUAAAGCUGAACUGUUCAACGCGUUCUUUCCUCUGUUUUUACCUCUCCUCGAUCGAACAUUGGUGAGGACACUAUCAACAAUUCACUUCCAAUAA